AUGCCGGGAUUAUACGCAGAUUCUGUGGUGGACGUGGGAAAUGUGGAAGCCAGUGACAAAACACGCACCCAAAUCAAUUUUCCAAGCGACCCAUUUUUCACCAAAUUGCUCGCUAGAGCUAAGCAACGCGGGGAUUCCACUAUCAUCAGCGAUAAUACCAUUUCAGCACAGGUUAGCUACCGUCAACUUCUACAGGACGUGGACAAUCUACGCCAAUCACUCCGGCGCCGACUCUCACCUGGUUUGCUGGAUGUCAACGGGACUCUAAACAAUGGAACCUGUAUUGCUGUUAUCGCACGCAGCGGGUAUAGAUUUAUCGUGGCUUCUAUCGCUAUUUUUGCCCUGGGCGGCAUCAUCUUACCUUUGAGUCCGGGCUAUCUUGCAGAGGAGGCACUCCAUUUCUUGCAAAAAUGUAAAGCAGUGGCGAUUUUAUACGAUCCUGAUUCAGCCGUCUCGGAGCUGGCGCGCAGCAUCGUCAACGCACAGUCAAAUGAUUUGGAGCAUCAGGUGCUCCCACAGAUCCCGAUCAGAAUUGAUCCGAGCUCGAGUUUGCAGCAGACUCUUAGCUUUGCCAGUGUUAACACGACAGCGAUUUCCCCUGAUCGUCCUGCUCUUUAUCUGUUAACCUCCGGGACUACAGGCACUCCCAAGGUCGUGGUGCACUCGCGCAGGAUUUUCAACGCCCAACCAGAGCCGAAUUACGAUGCGGAGGACGUCUUUCUCUCGAACCGCGCAUUUUUCUGGGUUGGUGGAUUUCGAGAACUGAUUGGUGUGCUGCUGAGAGGUGUGCGUGUUGAGCUCAUUGAUUACAAGUCGAACGCGGAUGCGAUCUGGAAACGUAUAAGCAGGGGAGAUAUCACCCGCGCGUCUUUUCUUCCAAGUGUCUUCAGUAACAUGAUAAAGCUUUGGGAAGAGAAGAUAGCCUUGCUGCCUGACCAUGAGAGGAGGCCGUAUGCAGACGCGGCUUGUAGGCUGCGCGGGGUGAAGUAUGCUGGUGGGCUAGUCCCGAGCUCUAUUAAGAGAUCUUGGAAGACUUUACUUCCAGAAGUGAGAGUUGAGGUCGAAUAUGGGGCAAGUGAGUUUGGCAUGGCUUCAUUCAGUUGUUGUAUUGAUGGGGAAGAUACUAUCGAGUCACAUUAUCUUGGAAGACCACUUCCUGGGGUCACAUUCAAGCUGGGAGAUGACCAAUCUGAUAUGGGGGAGCUGCUGGUCAAGACCCCUACUCAAUUUACUAGCUACUUGGAUGGUCCAGAGGCAACCAAUACCAAGAUUGACGAAAAUGGAUUUUUCCGAACAGGGGAUCUUGGCAGACGGGCGGAAGAUGGUCGUAUUAUUAUUGAGGGACGAGUAACGCCAGACUUCAUCCGCUACCGUGGACUAAGGGUCCCCAUCCUUGAGGUGGAGGAAAACCUUCUAGCUCUCCCAUAUAUCUCCGAAGCUUAUGUGGUUCCUAUUCUGGACGUCUUUGCAGGAGGAUCGCAGGUGGCUGCAGUCGUUCGUUUCCGCAAGGAUCACACCAAUAACACGGCUGCAUCAAGUCCAUCGCUACACGCAAUAAGGGCAGAACUUUCGUCGUCUUUGCCUGAUUUCAAACUUCCAACGCUUCUUCGGAUUCUGACUGACGGUGAAGACAUUCCCAGAUCACAAGCUGGCAAACCGGCUCCGAGGGAUAUUGCAACUGUAUUUUUCCCGCAGCCAGAUGAGGGCGUGCUGAAUGGACUCCCUGAUGACGUUCAAUUUUGCAACACGGCUACCAAGGAUGGCCCAGUGGCUUGGGGCUUGGGGGCGAUGCGGUGCUGA